AUCCAAGGAACUAAAAUGAACGACAUAAAAACUACAAGUGACGAAGCCGUGGGUGUAAUUUACAGAAAACUCCCUUCUGAGCUUCGUCUUCUUCGAGUCGAGUAAAGAGAACCAAAAAGCGAGCGAAAAAUGCAUGGCGUUCGUCUCAGUAUCGUUUCUGGAUUCACUAUCGUCUUCAUUUUCAUCUUCCUUACCGUAGGAGCUCGGUGUUCCAACAAUGAUUCCGAGGUUAGAUGCAGCAAAAUCUGCGUUGCAGAGAAUUGUAAUUCUGUUGGGAUUCGAUACGGGAAGUUCUGCGGAGUAGGGUGGACUGGCUGCCCUGGUGAGAAGCCAUGCGAUGAUCUUGAUGCUUGUUGUAAGAUUCACGAUGAAUGUGUCACCAAAAAAGGUUUGACAAAUAUUAAAUGUCAUGAAAAGUUCAAGAGCUGCAUUAAGAAAGUACACAAGUCUGGAAAGGUUGGAUUUUCUCGGGACUGCCCUUACGAGACAGCAGUGCCUACUAUGGUACAGGGUAUGGAUUUUGCCAUUAUGCUCAGUCAAUUUGAUAAUUCCAGGGCUGAACUGUGAUUAAGCAUUAGAAAAGGUAGCAAAAACUUAACCCCAUUGAAUUUGAAUCAGCUCAAAUGGACAAGUGGAUUGAAAAAUGAAAAGGAAAUGGAGACAGUUUGGAAAGUGUCAUUUAACUGAAAUGAAAAUUGCAAGUGAAGGCAGGAUUUGAUGACCCCAUUUAAUUUUGUAUCUUUUUUUUCUAAUAUUGAUAGAAACCUUAUACCUUACCCAAAAUAUAAAAUAAGAGAAUCGAAUUUGUAUAAUGUUUCUAGUUGUCCCAUAAUUUAUUAGGAAUAUAUGAUGAAACGUUUUCACAUAAUGACAUAAAAUAUAUUCAUUUCUGAGUCACACUCAAUAAAAGAAUUAAAAAUGUGACAGUACUUUCAUUACUGUGAUGGAAAAUUCACAUUUUGUAUCUUUAUUGUUGUGCCUUACGUGUAUUCAUGGAGUUUCUUUCUUUGAAUAAUAAUGUACAUAUUUCUUUUCGUAUGUACUAAGACAUACCC